AUGCAGCGGUGGCGCUGUUCAUGGGCGGUGGCGAAGGAAGCUGAGACGUUGCGUCCUGAGGAUGAUGAAGCGGCACUGAGUUCAGAGGAUGAUGAUGAGAGCGACAAGGAGGAGGACGAAGACAGCAGCGACGAGGAGAGAGACAAAUACAGUAGCGAGGAUGAGGAAGACGAAGACAGCAGCGAGGAUGGUGAUCAGAGCGACGAGGGGGGCGAAUACAACAACGUGGACGAGGAAGACGAAGAGAGCAGCGAGGAGGAUGAUGAUAGUGACGAGGGGGACGAAUACAACAGUGACGACGAGGGGGACGAAGACAGCAGUGAGGACGAGGAAGAUGAAGACAGCAGCGAGGAUGAUGAUGACAGUGACGAGGAGGAUGACGAAUACAGCACCGAGGAGGAAGAGAGCGACGGCGAGGUUUACGGACGAGCUGCUAUGGCAUGCAGCGCCGGCUAUGGUGUGAUGCUACACGGAAGGAAGUUCGUCCCGGUUGGGCAGUUCGUUGGAGGGCCGGAGCCACGGUCCGCCUCCGCCGGGAGCACCACCGGCUUCAUGCGGGUAGCUGCCGUGGAGACCCAAGAAGGAGACGAUUCCGACAGGCAGAUCUCGGUGCUCUACCGCUGCACACACUUCUUGGGCGCGUGGGGCGGAGGCGUGCGGAGGCUAUGGACGAGCUUGAUCGCCGAGGUGAGCGUCCCGACACGGGCUUUGCUCCUGGAGGUGCUCGUCGAUUUCGGCAUACUCCGGACGGCAGACAGAACAGAGAAGCGCAUGGAGCGAAUGCGCGCCGCACUGGAGGGCAUGUUGCGAAAGGAUUUCCACCCGGAGCACCGCCUGGAGCUCCAACUGCCUCAACCGGCGCAGUGCGGCGCAGGAGAAGAUUGUGCCAUUUGCUGGGAGCUGCUCGAAGGUGAUGACCUUGCCGCCUGGCCAGGAUGCUGUAAGCCGCAUGUCUUCCAUGGCGCGUGCAUGGAGCUCAUCCUCAAGAGGGACAACAAGUGUCCGCUUUGCAGGAGCUUGUGGUUCAUCGAGCCCAAACCACUAUACGUUGGUAAGGAGAAACAGGAGAUCGGAGACAACCAGGUCGAUGGACGCAUUGCCAGAGCGAGCAGCGACGUGGAAGUAGAUGCCAAAAUUAAGCAAGCCCUAGCUAUUUUUGUUCGGUUGUAUGAUAACAUUCGUAGAUUCAAGAUGUAUUUGUGA